AUGGAGAAAACCAUGGAACCUAUGCUUGGUCAUUUUGUUUACACGAAUGCACUUUUCAUGUGCAAGCGUCUCUGGGCCGAGUUUCCUUUUGAGAAUUUUUGUACAUCGAAGCUAUUGGAGAUGAUGAAUUAUAGAGACUCUAGUUUAUUGCGUCUGGUUUCGUACCUUUUAGCCCUUUGUUAG